AUGACUUCGUUAUCAAUAUCUGAUCGAAUUCGUGUACAACGUGAGUACAAAGUUGUCAAAUCGAUUCGGUUCAAAUUAAAAAAGUACAAACUUAUUCUUCGUGAAACCGACAAAAGUGGUGUAUUUUGUAUUCUUCGAGCUAUUGAUCAUGAACAAAAAGUAAAAGAAUAUCGAGACAAAACAAAAGCUUACAAAGAAUUAACUUCCAAUCCAUUUGAAGCAACGUUAAACAAGGUUAUUCGAUUACUUAAUGAUCUUCGUGCGAAACCGGACAAAAUUAGAGCUUGGCAACAAUGUGAAAUGGUGCCCAAUCGUAAGACAUGUAAACUAGCUUACAUGUAUUUCAAUCCUAAAACACAUAAGGAUGGUACACCACUACGACCCAUUAUGCAUACUAUUGAUUCACCAACAACGAAUAUCUCACGACUUUUAGAUCGAUUCAUUCGACCAAUAUUUAACAACAACGCUAAACUAACUACUAUUAUUGAUGGUGCUCACCUCAUUAAACGACUUCAAGAAUAUGCUAAUGCUGGACAUUUAAAACCAACUACUUUAUUUUGUACUUUUGAUAUUAAUAAUUUAUAUACAAUGCUACCACAACAACAAUCACUUGAUAUUCUUCAAGAAUUUCUUCAAACUUAUGAAAAAUCACACGUCAGAGGAAUCGAUAUUGCAACUAUUCGUGAAUUAGCUCGUGUUGUUAUAGAAGAAAAUGUUUUUGUCUAUCAUAACAAAUACUAUCAACAGAUUAUUGGUGGAGCAAUGGGAUCACCAUUUACAUUAACUUUAGCAAAUAUAUUCAUGUGGAAAUGGGAAAAAGAAUCAAUUUGCAAAGAAUUACCUUCCCCCGAAAUUUAUGGCCGGUAUAUUGAUGAUAUUUUUUUUACAUGGAAUGAUACUCAAGAAAAUCUCGAACAACUACUGAAAAAACUCAAUAAUCAUCAUCCUAAUAUUAAAUUAGAAUAUAAAAUAGGUCAAAGUCUUCCAUUUCUUGAUGUUCUACUUACGAAUAAUAAUGGUGCUCUUUCGACAUCUGUCUAUCGUAAACCAGCUUCUGAACCUUAUGUGGUACCAUUUACUUCUGAUCAUCCUCACCAUAUAUUUCGAAAUAUUAUUCGAACUGCACUUUUACGUGCUAUAAGAUACUCUUCUACAUUCGAAGCAUUCAAUGUUGAACGACGCAAUAUACGAUUAAUGUUAUUAUAUAAUGGGUAA